AUGUUUAAAUGCAAUCAAUGUUCAUCGGUUUUCACCGCAAAACAUAAUUUGAAAAUCCAUCAAAAAAAACAUGUAGGUCUGCGGUUCUCGUGUACCUUUUGUCCAUCGACAUUCUCUUAUAGGACCGGUCUCAACAAACAUAAAAAGAACUUUCAUGGUGUAGUUAACGUAUCCGCUCAUCAUCCCGCUCAACCGAUUGCUACACCGAUUGUUAGAGAGAGCGUUAUAAAGUACGCGCCAUCAGCUAUUCCACCUCAGGGGGGUAUCCAGAUUGCACCGCAAAUAUUCGUUCCUGAUGUCCCGGCCGGUGGCUCGAACAUGUUAACCGAAGACGAAAUGUGUAUGGAAGCCAUGAACGAAUAUGAAAAUGAAGAAGUUCAAGACGCUAAUACAGGUUAG